AUGGAGGUAGGUGCUCCAUUGGAAGUAAAAUAUGAACGUGACAGAUUGUUAUAUACAGUUUAUGGAUAUUGGGACCCAAUUGAAAUAGCAAAAAUUAUAAGUGUAGUGGAAAGAAUUAAUUCUCCAUAUCUCCUUCAAUAUAGAAAUUGGAGAUACCAACAACCAGACUAUGUUGAUACAAAUUUCUUUUCAAGAAAACAACCAAAAGGUAUUUUAACUUUUGAAUCAGAUUUAAUUCCAUUUACCUUGGAGCAAUUUCUUCAAAAUGAACCCAAUCAUACUUUGAAUGGAGAUAAAGCUAUGUCUGUAAUUUCACAAGUAUGGAUGGCAUUAAAUUCAAUAAGAAAUUUUUCUGAUUAUAUUAAAGUCUAUUCAUUACAUCCGUCUAAUAUUGCUAUGUCAGUUAUACCUGGAACUAAUCCAAAAACAUAUCAAAUUCAAUUAAUGAAUUAUAUUCCAUUAAUUUUUAUUCAAACAUUUUCUACAGAACAAAAGAUGUUUAUUUCACCAAGUCAAUUAAAACUUUUGGCUAAAGAUAAAAGAGGUACUGAUUGUAAAGCUGAUCUUUUUACAUUUGCAUUACUUAUAACAAAAAUAUGGACUGGUAAAUUACCAUAUUCACCAAAUGUUACAUUAAAAUCAUUAAUAGAAAAUUGUGUUGAACAGUAUAUUGAUACUUCAUUAUUUAAAAAUCCAUUAGUUAAAACAUUAGUUGAAAUGAUUUUAUUAAAAAAUGUAAAUUGGGAUUAUACUUAUGAAGAUAAAUAUUUAAAACUUGCUCGUAAAGCAACAUUUUUAGAAUUUAGAAGUAAACCUGAAGACUUUGAAAUUAUUGAAGAUAUUGGUCAAGGAACAUCUGCUAUUGUUUAUCAAGCAAUUCAAAAAACAAAAAGAGGAGAGCGUGUUGUUGCAAUUAAAGAAAUGACAAUAAAUGAUGGUGAAAGGGAGUAUAUUCAAAAUGAAGUUGAUAUUAUGGCAUUAUGUCAACAUCCUAAUGUCAUUCAAAUGUAUGAUUCAUUUAUUCAUUCAAAAAGUUUUAGAGGGUUACAACAAGGAAGUUAUGCAGAAAUUAUUAUAGAAUUUUGUGAUGGAGGAACAUUACAAAGUUUUUUUGAGAAAAAUUAUCCAAUUGAACCAUUUCCAGAUUAUUUAAUGACACAUACAUUAUCAGAAAUAUUAAAGGGAUUAUGGUAUCUUCAUAGUGAACAUCAUAUUGUUCAUCGUGACUUAAAACCAGAAAAUAUUUUAUUAAAAGUUAAUCCAAAUAAUCCUCAUGUACCUUUCAUUAAAAUCGCUGAUUUUGGAUUAUCUAAAAUUGUUGAAAAUCAUCAAAUGAUGCAAAGCUAUGUUGGAACUCCGGUUUUUAUGGCACCUGAAGUAUUUAAAAGAAUUCAAUAUAAUUAUAAAUGUGAUUUAUGGUCAUUGGGAGGAUUACUUUAUUUCUUACGUACUCACACCUAUCCACUUAGUGCUAAUAGGCAAAGAUUUAUGGAAAAUAUGCAACACGAUGUUGUACCAAUAUAUGAAUAUAAUGUAUGGAAAACAAUUCCAGGCAUUAAACGAAUUGUAGAAAAUCUUAUUGUCUAUAAUCAAAGAAAAAGGUAUAGUUGGCAAGCUAUUCAUAAUGACCCAUAUGUGAAACAAAUUCUUGAAGAGGACAAUGUUGUUAGAGAUUAUUCAAAGUUAUAA